ACGCCCGCGCACCGCCAGUCGCCGCCAAGCGCUCGCGUCGCUAGCUUGUGCCAGAUAGCUGUCAAGGAUACAAUAAGUUUGUGUUACAAUACGUUCAAACUUCAGUGCUUUCAGUGUUGUGUGCAUAACAAAUAUAAAUGAACUUACGCUAAAGUGGACACGAUCAUCCGAUAUGAUCCACGUCGACGAAACAGAUCCGGUGGGAGAAAUUGAACCACCGUUUCCGUGUAGAGAUGUGACCAUCAAGAGGAACAGCGAUGUUAAUGAUUACUUUGAAAUGCUAUCGGAGAUUGGAAGGGGUAAAUUCGGCACUGUAUAUCUCUGCCGCGAGAAGAGUACAGGGUUGGAGCUGGCUGCGAAACUGGUGUCGGUGAAUCGAAGAGAUGAGAGGCGGAACGUGGAGAGGGAGGUUGAUGUCAUGAGGAGGCUACGACAUCCGCGUCUUAUACAACUGUAUGACGCUUACGAGUGGGGGAAAUGCAUGUGCGUCGUGCUUGAGCUAAUCACAGGCGGCGAGUUGUUCGAGCGCGUCAUAGACGAAGACUUCGUGUUGACAGAGCGUGCGUGUACAGUGUUCAUGAGACAAAUAUGUGAAGGAAUAGAAUUUGUUCACAGACAGAACAUUCUACAUCUGGAUAUGAAGCCGGAAAAUAUUCUGUGUCUCACGAAGACUGGGAAUCGUAUAAAAAUCAUCGAUUUCGGUCUGGCACGCUUCUACGAUCCCGAGAAGAAGUUGCAGGUCCUGUUCGGGACCCCGGAGUUCGUCGCACCGGAAGUCGUCAACUUCGACCAGAUAGGUUACGGGACGGACAUGUGGUCGGUCGGCGUAAUAUGUUACGUAUUACUGUCGGGUCUGUCGCCGUUCAUGGGCGAGACGGACAUAGAGACCAUGGCUAACGUGACCAUCGCCAAAUACGACUUCGACGACGAAGCCUUCAACGAGAUAUCAGAAGACGCGAAGGACUUCAUAAGGAAACUCCUAGUUAAAGACAAAGAGUCGCGCCCGGGGGCUACCGAGUGCUUGCGACAUCCGUGGCUCCUCAAAAGGAAUGCAAAGAAAGACGUGCCCAAGAAAAAAUCCCAGUCCCUAAAACACGAACUGGACGUGGCUAAAGACAAUCUUCGACUCUUCGUUGAGAGAUGGAGCGAGCAUCCCAACUCGCCAUACGUGUUCGAUAAUCAGUCGCAGGAAAUUCUGUGUCUCGUUAAUGGCGAAAGGUCGUCUAUAGGAGGCUGUUCGCCGUCUCCGAGGAGCUCCUUGAGCAGUUCCCCUGAUAUGGUCUUCGAUGAAGACGAGCUGGAUCCGCCGCCGCUGAGGGAUCCCAAACAUACCACCAGAUACAACCCCAUAGAGAGAAGAGCCUCCGACAGCAGCUGCUUCCUACAUAAAAAGCAAGACAUAUUCGUGAGAAAAAAUCUGGCCGAGGAAAUAAAGAAAUUGUCCGAUCAUCUGUUCAUGUUGUCCACCAUGAACACGGACCUCGCGAACAACAACAGCACGCACGAACUGGACAAGAACGUGGCUGAGGGAAAGGCGUUCAGCAAGGACGAGAAGACUACAGCUAACGGCUACCAAAACGAGAGGAACAUAACGCGAUCCCUGACGAACGGCAACACCAGCGCGGAGAAAAAGAUAUACAUGUCGAAGUCUAGUCACAGAGUCAACUCGAGCUUUCUCACGGAGAAGGAAUCCGUCAAACCUAUGACGAGCAAAAUGCCUUGGGCGAAGUCCACCAGGUCGAAGAGAGUCACAACCACCAGCAGGGACGUACCAGAACAACCGACGGAGAAAAGGAGCACCUUUCUAGAAGAAUUCGAUAGAAGACGCGAAAAAAUAGACAAACUAGUCAACGGACAAGAAAACGGAAGGCAGAUGCCUUACAGACGCGGCGACGAUAAUAACGCGCACAGGACGAAAGAUCUACUAUUACACUUGCUCGAAAAGUGGGGGGAGAGUGACGGCGUCGAGGGCGAAAGAACGGCUGGAGGCACCUCCACGAGCGGCCGCCAUCAAUCAAUAUCCCUGGAAUGGUCGCAAUCCAACCAACUAGCCCAGAACUCGAUAUCCAGUCUACAAGCUUUCUUCAAACGACAGUCCUCAGACGAGAAAGUCCAAAACAAAAAUAUGACGUCCAAUGUAACGAGUUCCAAAUGAAUUUUGUCUGAAACAGGGUUUGUGCCGUGACAGCGAUUCAAAAAGAUAGGCUUCCUGUCAUCAGGAGAGGCUUCAAUGUUUAGUUACGUUUUUAUUAAAGUGAAAAUUAUAAAUUCAUUUCAAUCAAAUGAUCUCAAAUCAAAAAUUUAAUAUCAGUGAAGGCUAUUUUUUUGAAUGUUGAACGUAUUAAAUCAGUUCCGUGCGGGUCUCCUGAACAAAUGACGUUGUGUUACACGAUUCUAGUCCUCAUACUCAAAGCUCUGUGGAAUAGCUUGCGGACAAGACUGAGAUAAAGAAAUUACAUUGACAAUAGACAAUAAUUUUGUAUUAUUAAUUUUUUUUUUCUUGUGUACAUAAAUAUACAUAUUAAAUAUAAUCAGACGAAAACUAAUUUUGUUCCUUAUCUGUACUUAAUUAUAAUGAAUUUAUAAUAAUUUAUUGUUAAAUUCGUAUUUUGUUAUAAUAUAAGGCUUUAUAAAAAUA